UAUUCCAACGCCCCGUCAAAACCAGAGGCGACAACAGCGAUACGGCAAAUACACUUAUGCCAGACCGACUACACGGGUGUCGUUUAUUCCGUGGAGCGAGAGAGGAUAUUGUAUGGAGUAUAGCAACCAAGACGUUCCUAUUUCUUCAACCUUGAUGGACGGACAACCUUAUGCAGAGAAUACGGAUAUGGUGCGAGCGUUUUCACCGAACGAGGUGCAGCAAUUCGCGGGUGGAAGCAAUGAUGAGGGUGAGGAAGAGGACUGGGAGGAUACCACAACCGAUAAUGACGAACAGGAACCCAAGAUUCCUACAAUCUCUCAGCACCACAUUCACUCCAGAGGUGCGCGGCAUCGAGCGACCGUGGCGACGUAUUCCAGCUACUCAAGACGAAAGAACAAUAUCCAACGACCCAGUUUGCGGUCUGUGCCGAGGAUUACGGAAAGUAGCUGCCGAUUCGGUCCUCGGUGCCAAGCUGUAGUUCUUGCUAGGGCCCAUGGUAAAACAAGCCUUGGCCCUGUCCCUCCAGUUCAAUCCCAUGCUCAAUAUGAACCACUAUUAUCGCCUCCACCCCAGUGUUCAGCAGAUCAUCCAAUGCAGCCUGGAGUGCAAGAUCUACCGCUUUGGUACGGCCCACGUCUGGAUUUGCCGUCUCUCCGCGAGCUAGCGCAGGCCGCCAAAUCGGAGCAAGCAACAUCGAAGGCGAAUAAUACCGCUCUUUAGCAGGGCCUUGCCAUUGACCAUAUCGGUAAACAGCAUCAUUUCACAAACGCAGGAGUCACCUCGAUUGGCUAAAAGAGUUUGGGCCUGAAGAAGAGCCGUACAGGUCACGAUCUUCAAGCCACGCUUUA